AUGGAGAAUGAAACCAAGAUUCUGGUUCUCAUUAUAGGUGCAGGACCAGCCGGUUUAGCAACAUCAGCUUGCCUCAACCGGUCGAACAUACCAAAUGUUGUGGUGGAAAGAGAAGACUGUAGUGCAUCUCUGUGGAAAAGGAGGACUUACAAUCGUCUAAAUCUCCACCUGGCAAAGCAACUCUGCCAACUUCCUCACAUGCCAUUUCCUCCAAACACUCCUACCUUCGUCUCCAAGGUAGGUUUCAUAAGCUACCUUGACAAGUACGCAACAAAAUUCAAAAUAAGCCCUAGGUACAACCGGAACGUCAAAUCGGCUUGUUUAAACGGUGAUCGAUGGAUUGUGGAGGUGGAGAACUCCGCGUCAGCUUCGAUAGAAAUUUACUCGGCCAAGUAUUUGGUUGUGGCGACGGGAGAGAAUGGCGAAGGUGUGAUUCCAAAGAUUCCGGGGCUUGUGGAGAGCUUUGAAGGAGAGUAUUUGCACUCAAGCGAGUACAAGAACGGCGAGAAGUUUGCCGGAAAAGAUGCUUUGGUCGUCGGAUGUGGAAACUCGGGAAUGGAAAUUGCCUAUGAUCUGUCUAAUUGGAACGCUAAGGUUUCCAUCGUUGUUCGUAGCCCGGUGCACGUGCUGACUAGAGGAAUCGUACGGAUCGGAAUGUGGCUGCUCAAGUUCUUCCCGGUAAAAUUAGUUGACCGUUGGUGUCUCUUACUCGCGCAGCUGAGGUUUGGGAGUAUUUCGAGAUAUGGGCUUGUAAGGCCUAAAAUGGGCCCGUUUAUGCACAAGAUUGUCACCGGCCGGUCACCUACCAUCGACGUCGGCUGCGUCGGCGAGAUCAAAUCCGGCAAGGUUCAGGUAGUGCCGUCGAUUAAGCGUAUCGAAGGAAAGAGAGUGACAUUCGUUGACGGAAAUACUAAAAUCGUCGACUCAAUCGUCUUUGCAACUGGUUAUAAGAGCAGCGUUUCAAAAUGGCUUCAGGUCGAUGAUGGAGAUCUGUUCAACGAGAAUGGGAUGCCGAAACGCGAGUUCCCGGAUCACUGGAAGGGGAAGAACGGGUUGUACAGUGCUGGAUUUGGGAGACAAGGCUUAGCUGGAAUUUCAAGAGAUGCUCUGCUCAUUGCUCGAGACAUUGUUUCUCUGGUUUGUCCGAGAAAAGCAUGA